AUGACCACAGGGCAUCAUCCGACCACAAAGGGGGAAUGUAACACUAAUGAGCGGAUGGUUCCCGAAUGGUGUCUAGAUCAUUGGCAUCCCUCAGAGAAAGCCAUGUACCCUGAUUACUUUGCUAAGAGGGAACAGUGGAAAAAGCUGCGAGUUCAGAGCUGGGAUAAAGAGGUCCAGCAGCUGCAAACUGAAACCCAUGCUGACGGCCCUAAAUCUGAGGCCCUGCCCCCAGCCCAUAAGGAAGGAGACCUCCCACCCCUGUGGUGGCAGUUUGUCACUCGUUCCAGAGAGCGUCCCAUGUAAGGAUGUGUUCCGAAGAUCAUUUAGAAUAGGUGUUUGAAACAGCUCUGUGUUUGUCAAACAAUACUGUGCCCUAAAUCCUAAUUAAAGUAUUAUGCAAAUAA